ACCAACCCCUUACUCGUAACCCGUCGCUAUCCAAAAGAACUCAAACAAAAGAGUGAUCUCCCCACCGUCAGCCACCGACCGAAGAGCGGCGGACUCUAAUUUCUCUCCAUUGAAAAUGGCGUCGAGGCUGUGGGCGACGAGAGCAGCUUCAUACCUUAGGAUCUCUGUUCCUCACAGAGGUUUUGCCACUGUUAUCAAGGAUCUGAAGUAUGCUGAUUCUCACGAGUGGGUGAAGAUCGAAGGCAAGUCUGCCACGGUAGGAAUUACGGAUCAUGCCCAGGACCACUUGGGUGAUGUCGUGUACGUUGAGCUACCCGAGGAAGGGGCCGAGGUAAAGCAAGGUGAGAGUUUUGGUGCCGUUGAGAGUGUUAAGGCAACUAGCGACAUUAACUCCCCAAUUUCUGGGAAAGUGGUCGAGGUCAACACGAAACUCAAUGAUUCUCCUGCUCUGGUAAACGGAAGUCCGUAUAAGGAUGGGUGGAUCAUAAAGGUGGAAGUGAAAGAUGACAAUGAGCUGAACAACUUGAUGGACUCUGAUCAGUACUCCAAGUUUUGUGAAGAAGAAGACGCCAAGCAUUGAGAGAAGAAGCCUCAUAAUUUCAUAGGGAUAAUAAUCUCCUUUGGAGGGAUAAAAACAUCCGAUGAUUCUUUUUUUUCCUCAUCUUUUCUCUUUUAUUUUCUUGUUCAUUUUUAUUUUUUUUUUGCCUUUUGCCCUUUUCUUUUCCUUCUGGGUUUUUAUUUUUUCUUUCUUGGGUUAUUGUGUUAAUCUCGGAUGAUAAACCACUCUAAAACAUGUUAUGGUAUUUCUUCUAUUUGAUGUGCAUUUUGAUCCAUCAUUGUUUUCGUAGAUUGUUCUAUUUCAACUACAGAGAGCAUUAUAAAUUUUUGUGAGUAUUUCCG